GUUUUUUUAAGUUUUUAACUCCCGAAACAAAGCACUGCAACUUGAAUUUCCGUAAACCAAAUUACCAAACGCCAUGGACGCCAAGAUCAGCCAGUUCUUCGACUCCAUCGGUUCAUUCUUCGCCGGCGGCGAUCAGAUCCCUUGGUGCGACCGCGACAUUAUCCUUGGCUGUGAGAGAGAAGUUGCAGAGGCUGGAGACUCAGAUGAACGUAAGAGUGAAAGCAUUAUGAGGUUGUCAUGGGCUCUUGUUCAUUCAAGACAACCAGAAGAUGUGCAACGUGGGAUGGCAAUGCUUGAAGCUUCCUUGGCCAACUAUACCAGCAGCCCUUUGCAGCAGAGGGAGAAGCUCUAUCUCUUGGCUGUCGGAUAUUACAGAAGUGGUGAUUGUUCAAGGAGUCGGCAGCUUGUGGAGCAAUGCUUAGAGAUUGCACCUGAUUGGAGGCAGGCUCAGACUCUUAAGAAGACAAUUGAAGAUAAAAUUGCUAAAGAUGGUGUUAUUGGAAUAGGCAUCACGGCCACCGCUGUUGGGCUUAUUGUUGGUGGAAUUGCCGCAGCAUUAGCUCGCAAGAACUGAGAACAAUACAAUCAUUGAUUGUUUGAGAAGCCGAGAUGUCAGACAACUCGUAUCUUAAGAAUUGAUCCACAUCUUAAGUUGAAUGUUUUGAGUUUUCGACAUAAGGAAUGUAUAAAUGGCUAUAUUCAGAACGAUUACCGAAUUUGGACUCCUUUCAUGUUAUGGAGGAAGGCUUUUUUGAAUAA